AAACAUUUCCAAAUGUCGCCUCGUUGUAAAAUGUAUGAGUAAUCUAGCAGCAUAUACAUCGUAUUGUCAAUUUUGUACCAAUUAGCUUCACUUUUUUCAAAUUAGCUAACUUGAUCACUCAUUGUACGUUGCCACCAAUUACCGAACACCAUGAGACUGGGAUCCAGCUCCACAAACUCCAGGAACAGCACCGACACCCGGCGGUAUCGCACCCGGGCCCCCACCUCUCAGGUGGAUGAAUCCCUGUUUGCGAGCCCCAACCCGAUAGACGUGAGGCGUGGAAACUCCUCCAAGUCUACAAAGAGUCCACCUCAGAAACACCAGGAAGGAGCGACGGUUCAAAUUGUGACCAAAGACCUCAUCCGCAACAUCAGGAUCCCAUUCAAGGACCCUUCAGGAGAAUCCGUCAUUUUACCAUCGGCUGAUUUUAAGCGGAUCACAUCAGAGUCCCUGGUCCUGACCAAGGAGGAGCGGGCGGCC